GACAACAACACUGCGGCCUCGUCCUUCAGUGGGCCCGUCCGUAACAUUCUGGGUCGUCGUUUCGACUGGAAACUUUUUUUUCAAACGCGUUUUUUUUUUCCUUUAACAUUUUUCCCGGUCGUCAACCACCGGCGUUGGUCUUUUACAGAUUUCUGUUGGUCCGUUGCGCAACCGCGCUUCGCGUUCCCCGGACAGACAGACGUGCGUGACCAGCUCUACGGCGGCAGCAAAUCUCGUCUCGGGGGCCGGACAAAUACACACGGAAGAACCUGCAGCUGUACUACGUCGUUCGAGCCGUCACCGUCACGUCCUAGUAUUCCUAUCAAGCCUCCUGAACGUUCAUUAAAUAGGAAGACAGAGAAAACGAUUGAAAAAAAAAAUGAAUUCCAAUACAGCUUACUAAUAACUGCUGUUUGCUGCAUGCAGCAACAACAACAGAAUUGUAAAAUCCAAAGAAAACCAAAAAUGAUUUACUAAGUAUCUGUCCCCUCUUAAAGAAGAUGGGAUAUUCAACAACUACAUACUCAUCAGCUCAAUAAAUAACCCUUUUUGGCUGUUUUGUACUUUUUUUUUAUUUAGUAUAACUUACAACUUAAAUUUUUUAUUCACAUUCAAUAUAUUUUAAAUUACAAUACAUUUUAAUUGAAAACUAAAAUUAUAAGGUAAAUUAAUUUAAAUAAACUGGUAAAUUAUUAUUAAUUGUACCUUUAAUAUAUUAAAACAAUUGCAGUCAUCAAAACAUCAAAAGUAUGUCCCACAGUCAUUUUUUAACCAAAGAAAACUUUCCCAGCUUUUGCAAAAAGUUGUCCGAACUUGAGUGGACAAUGGAUUCUACAUGUACAGAAAAACCUGAAUCUUCAUCUCCUGCCUAUUCUUUUCUGCCAACAGCCCGAAAUGUACCCAAAAGUGAUUAUCAUCUUAAAGAAUCUUACCAGCGUUUCUUAAUUGAUUCUAAUGAAGACAACACUUUAAUUGAAAAAUAUCUAAAACAAGAAUGUGAUACUUAUAAGUUAUUUGGAGGUCCACCAAUUAAUCCAUUAUUUACUGAUGAAGGACGUGGUUCUAGUAUUGAAGAUUCUCCAAAAUCUUUUUCAUAUUUUUCAAAAACCAAUUGCUCUUACAUGGAUAAAAGUAUUUGGGCACAAGAUUCUGGUAAUGAUAGCUGGCCUGAUGCAUUUUUGCCAUUGGAUAUUAAAGAAGAAACCACAUGGAAAGAAUUGAAUACUGAAACCAGAAAGGAGCCUAUGUCAUGGGCAGUAAUACAGCGUCCAGCAAAAGAAGAUAAAUUCAAGCCCAUAAAUCAAUUGGUUGAUGCUGGUGCAGCAAUUUUUCCAGAUGGCUCACAAUUCGAAAUUGAUUUAUCGUAUGAAGCAUUUGAUGCUGUUGAAGUUGAAGGAAAAUUAUACAUUGGUAAAGAUGAAUUUAGGCGUACAGAUGAUGGAUUGUUGUAUAAAGUCUGUAACCAAGAUAAAGGUACUCAAACGGACAAUUGGGAUGAUGAUGAAACUAUUUUGGUAACACGUACUGCUAGACGGCAUUACCAUUUUCCAAUAUUCCAGAAUUGGCACACAUCUCAAUCAGGCGAUAACCAAGAUUUGCUGAGUGAUUUUUUUAAUCCACAGCGUGUACGUGAAGUUAGAGGUGACAUGGAUGAUAGACACCAAAUGGUAGAUAUGCUUCGUAACAUUAUGGGUAUGCAACAUAUAUGGGAUAAGCCAACUAUGUGCAAUGAAAUUGAUGCUUAUCCAGAACAAAAUUUGUACAUACCAACAACAUGCAAUGAACUGGCUGCUACCUACACAAUAUUGCAGUCAGAUAGUGGUUCAGAAAGUUCAGAUGAUAUAGAUAAUAAUUGUGGUACUUUAUUCCGUAAUUCGCGAACUUGAAGAGGCAUUAUCGAUUUUGGAAUUUGCAAGAUUAAAUCAACACUGUAAUAUUUUGUUUUGCCGUGCACCGUUAAUGUUUUUUGUCAAGACAUGUUAGACUCAUUAAGGUUAGGUUAUACAUACUUUUCUUUGGGACAAAAACUAUAAUAUUUUACAUUUGUAUGACCUAUAACAUAUAGUUUUGGUCAAUAAGUUAUUUGUUUAAAAUUGUAUUUAAAAACAAAAUAAAAAAAAAGAACAAAACGUCAAAAACCCUUAAAAAAAAAAAUAUAUAUAUAUUUAUAUAUUAAAAAUAAACAUACAAUAAUAUAUAUUUAUAUGUAAUGGAUAGACCUAAGGCUCUAAAAUAUUAUCAUAUGGGUUAUUUUCUUAGGUUAAAGAAAUUAUCCCAUUUAAAUAAUUUGCUUUGAUUAAUGAAGUAUUUUUUUUAUGUGUUCAAAACUGUCAAGACAUUUUAAGAAUUUAUCAUUUUAUUAGCCCAAUGUUAGCAAUAUUUUGUAAUUAAUCAAUUUUAUUUUGAAGAAAAAAGAUAAUAAAAUACUAAAAUGGUGAACUACCCAAAAGUUGAAUCUAACAAAAUUAUUAUCAAGAUAUCAAGAGUUAGGUUAGGUGUUUAUGAGCAAAGUACAUACUCAACUCAAAAGUGAGGAACUGGACAAAUUUCUCUGGAUUUUUUUUUAUGUGAGGAUAUUUUGGUGAAUUCAAUGUAUUUUAAAAUUAUUUGACGUUUCAAGUUGUAUACCUUAUUUGAUCUUAAUCAUACAUCAAAUUAUUUUAAAUUGAUAAAUAUUGUGGGUUACAUAAUGUUUUAAAAAAUGUAUUUAUAUUUGAAAUUCAUAACUAAUCACCAUCGUAUAAAAAUAAUUUUUCUUUUAAAUCCUGGUCAUAAGUUUGUCCAGUUCAGUUAGAAGAUAUCAAAAAGACGGGUCCUGAUUUUUUUUAAAUAUGGCGCCCGAAAAUUUACUUUACAUUUAUAUAUAUAAUUGUAUAUAUAUAUAUGAAUGUAUUUUUUAGUUUAAAGUGAAAUAAAAGUUAUUUUUUUUAAUAAAACAGUCCGAAAACCGUUUUCGGCCCUGAUUUUUAAUAAAAAAGCGCCUAGAGUUUUAUUUAACACUAACCAAUUUUUUUUUAAAUAUUAUUUUUAUUUAUUACACACAGUUAACGAAAGUGCCUUUUAGAAACACAUAAAAAAUUUGAAUUUUUCAUUUUAUAUAGGGGGUUAAUGACUGAAUCAAUCGCUCUUUUGUUUAUCGGUUAUUAGAAAAAAUAAUUAAAGCCGAUAAAUACACGAAUGAAAUAUUUAUAUUUAUCAAAAGAUGCGCACCCCUUUUCAAUUAUAAUUUAUGUAUGUGUUAAAAUUCAUGUACGCCAAGACCCAUAUAAUAUACAUAAAUAAUUUAUUUUUAUUGCUUUUGUAUGUAUGUGUGUAUAUAUAUAUACAUAUAUAACUUUUUAUGAGGCCAAAGGAAUAUUUUUUUUGUGCAUUUGUUUUGUUAAAGUUGUUAUUUAUUUUAAAAUAUUUUUUAAUACAUUUCGCAAGAGAUGGAGCACAAAAAUACAGAAUUAUUUAAAAAUUGAUUUUGUUAUUUUAUAUUCUACCUUGAUUUGUCUUGACAG